GCCCUCUAUUGCUCCGUUGGACAGACUCAGUUGAUCACGGGUUGAUGUGGGUUAAGAAGGCCAUUACUCUGAACAGUGAUGAGAUCUUUCAGGUCAUCAUAGAGGGGGUCAAAGGUGAGGGGUCAUCAGGUCACUUGGCCAUCGAUGAUACGACCUUUACUCCUGAGUGCAGCGCGUCUGGAUCCAGCCUACCUGCAUUCACUACAAUGGCUCCCACUACUGCUACUGUGCCUGCUACUAAGCCUAAAUCGAGCGCAGGUACAUCGUCUUCAUCAACACCUUCCACCACAAGUGAGGAGACUACUGGACAACAAGCUACACAUAGUCCUUACACAAGCAACACUGGUUUGAUCGCAGGUCUGUCGGCAACUUUUGGAAUCAUCUUCUUCAUCGUCGUGGUCUUAUCUUUAUUGUUUUGGCGCAAGCGCAGGAGUGGCAAAGGGGACUUAGGACCUCUCAAAAAGAACAUGGAAAACCCAGGAUUCGAUAAAGACUUCGGCAAUCCUAACUUUGCUUUACAAGAAGUAGAUACAAGCAUGUUUGGAGAAUACCCUUCUGAGGGCAUGCCAUCUAGCGGAGGCAUUGAUAAUCCUGUAUAUGCUUCACCGGCACGAUUGCCUAUUGAUGAACACACAGACGCUUGAUUACGAACAGCGCCAUCAGUGGCGAAAUAUAACCAUUUAGUGGAAUUAUGUCAUGUUUCCAUUAUUGUACCAUUCUUGUAUUGUUCUUCCUUACCCCUCUAAUUGGGCUCAAAUGUCUGUUCACACUGAAACUGAGGCCUGGUUAAACAGCGCCAUCAAUGGCAAAAUAUAACCAUUAACUCACUUGAGCUGUGCAGCCAUUACGUAUUGUAUUGAUAUUAUCCUCAUUAAAAAAAUAUAUAAUUAGAAAUGGCUUGAUAAUUGAAAUGAAAUGAAUUUACGUCAACAUCAACAGUAUACGGAAGAAAAGGUAAUCCUGUUGGUCUUCCGGUCGCCACUUCUUUAUAGUUCUGAUUAACAGACGAAAACAACUUUGCAACUUAUCUAUAUCAAUCAAUAUUCUAAAAGGGGUAUUAUGUUUCAGUUUGCUUACUGUUACUUCCUAAGAAAUGAUACACCGUUAUCAUAUGCUUUUAUUGAACUCAUUGUUUUACAUCAUAUCAUGACUUGUGACUUUUGUAGAAAUUCUGUUCAUUUCAUAUAAGAUUGCAUGGACGCAUGAAGGUUUAUAUACAUCAAUAUUAUGCUCGAAUACACGUAGGCCGUUGCUUUUUAUAAGUUCAAUGUAGAGAUGAUUAGAAAUUGAAAAACUAUCUACCCAGGUGCACCUUAUUAAUGUUUAAUGAAGUUUUAAGAAACAUUUGUACAUGUAUAUUCAUUUGUAGUUGUUUAUAUAUCUACACCGUACACGAAGGUUUGUCUGAUUCAGUCUUUUCACUAUUAAAGUAAAUGUUUUUAAUUUGUAACUGUUAUUAAGAAAAUAUUUCUUAUAUAGCAAAAUUGCAUUCAACAUUGGAUGAGAUUGUCUCUGUUCAUUUUACUGAAAUAAACAUCUGUAAGAAUUUUACAGGUUUACAUGUUCAUUGUAAUUCAUUUUCAAAAUAAAAGAAUCAUGAUCAUUUUAUCUAAUGUUUAUAUUUUCAUUGUAAGUCAUUUCUAAAAUGAAAUGAGACUGGGAAAUGAAUUUAGACUGCCUAUACCAUAGGACAUGCAUGUCUUGAUAUCACCACUCUGUUGAUAUUGAAAUGCAUUGUUGCUAUGUCGGAUACAUUUAUGCGGUUCUCCGGGUUGGCAUAAAGUUAUUUACUGUAUUUAAUUUGUUCGUAAUUUAAGUGGUCGAGACCAUAAGCAAAAACGCCAAACUAUGAGACAAGAUUUGUCUGUGACCGAACACUGGUGGUGAGAGCCAGAAGGAUGUUAAACCAUUUACUUUCAAAUAAUAUAGUUAGUGACCUUUUGGUUCUAAGCACCUAGUCCCUGUUUCAUAAAACUUUUUAUCAAUGACUAAAAAGCUAAUGAAAUUGUGGCAUUGGCUUGGCUGAGACCGAGAGCAAAUCUGCCAUAGAAAUUUAACAUUUGUUAUUGAUAACAAGUUUAAUGAAACAGGGCGAAGGCAUGGUGUGAUCUGCUUGCAACAUACACAAUUGAAACUAUCUUACAGUUUGAGCUGAAUAAAAAAUUCCUUAAUUUUCUAUUGUUUUCAUCAGGUUUUUGUUUACAUGUACACAUAUAGUUAUCUUUACAUAUUAGUUAAAUAUGCAUGUAUCUUAGAUAAGCAAUUGUAGAAAUUCACAAUCAAAAGUAAAUUACCAGGAAACUUUUGCUGUCAUACAUGUACAUAUACAUUUACUGCGUCACAAAUUUUGAUAUAUUUUUUACAUGUUUUCGGUAUACUCAUAUGCAUUUACUAUGUCACCAAUUUUGAUAUAUUUGUACAUGUACUUGGUGUUUAUCUAGAGAAGUUGAUAUGAGGCCAUGGACAGCUUGAUGAAAUAAAGAAUUAUGAUUAUCAUGCAAUA